CACCUGGUCAUGAGAGGAAAUCACACGCAGACUAAAUUCAUCCUGUUGGGAAUUACAGACAGCCCAUAUGCGCAAGCUCCUCUUUUUGUCUUGUUUCUAUUGAUUCACAUUGUCACUUUGGGGAACUUUGGCAUUAUCAUCUUGGUUCGGGUGUCUCCCAGCCUCCAUACCCCCAUGUACUUCUUCCUUACCCAUUUUGCCUUCACUGACAUCUGCUAUUCCACAGUCAUCUGCCCCAGGAUGCUGGCAGACCUGUUAUCAGAGGACAAAACCAUUUCUUUCUCUGGCUGCAUGAUGCAGUUCCUCAUCUUUGUUUUCUUUGCUACUAUUGAGUGUCACCUCCUGGCCAUGAUGGCCUACGACCGGCACGUUGCUAUCUGCCAGCCCCUGCUUUAUGUGACCAUCAUCUCCAGACGCAUCUGCUGGCAGCUGGUAGCAUCAUCCUACCUAUUCGCCUCCAACCGCAUUGACCACUUCUUCUGUGACAAAGUUCCUGUAGUAAAGCUCGUGUGCUCUGACACCCACAGCAGCGAGAUGCUCAUCUUUGCCUUCGUCACCAUCAACGCAGUGGGCACAAGCGUGGUCAUUUUUCUCUCCUACAUCUCUAUCCUGCGCACCUUGCUGAAGAUGUGCUCAGCACAGAGCAGGGCCAGAGCCUUCCACACCUGCGCCUCCCAUUUGAGGGCUGUGUCCAUAUACUUUGGGUCAGCAUUCUUCAUGUACCUACAACCUUCUAGCCAUAGAAGGCUGGAUAAGGUGGACUCUGUCUUUUACACCGUGGUCACCCCAAUGCUCAACCCAUUCAUCUACAGCCUGAGGAAUAAGGAGGUGAAGGGGGCUUUGCUGAAGUGUGUGAGGACGCUGCUCAACCGCUGGCAACAUACAAGACUUGUAUCAUGCAGGACAUGA